AUGUGCGACUUCUUUUGGCUGUCGCCGGCCGAUCAAGGCGACCUCUCGGACGUCGUCCGGGCGAGCCUGCAGCCGCCUCCGCCGCCGCCACACCACCACCGACUGCCGGCGGCCACUCCUGCUGCCCCAACCGUCUGCUCUUUGGGCUCCCAUCAUCUGCCGGAGGAAGAGGGGCUGCUGCUGCUGCAAGCAGGCCGAGUGAACUUCGAUGGCGACGAUCACGAUGAAGCGCGCUCGCAGAGACAGCAGCAGCUGGUGCAUGGCAAUGGCGGCAUGGGGCUCAUGCAGCUGGGCAGCAAGGGCAGUGGCGGCUGCGCUUGUGAUCAUGCUGCUGCCCUGUGUCCCCAGCACCAUCCAGAGGCAGAGGGACUGAUUCCUCAGCCCAUGUCCAGGUCGCAACCACAGCUGUGCGCUUCCAGUUCCAGCUUCGUCGAGAGGGACGAUGAUGGUCCCGUGCUGGAGGAGCACGUCCUGGACAUGGCGAUGGCCCCUCACCCUCAUACCUCGGCAAUCAAGCGAAGGAAGAGCCAGACGAAGAAGGUGGUGUGCAUCCCGGCGCCGGUGGCGGCGCCACCGGGGGUGGGCGGGCGGCCGAGCACGAGCGGCGAGGUGGUGCCGUCGGACCUGUGGGCGUGGAGGAAGUACGGGCAGAAGCCGAUCAAGGGGUCGCCGUACCCGAGGGGGUACUACCGCUGCAGCAGCUCCAAGGGCUGCUCCGCCCGCAAGCAGGUGGAGCGCAGCCGCACCGACCCUUCCAUGCUCGUCAUCACCUACACCUCCGAGCACAACCACCCAUGGCCUACGCAGCGCAACGCGCUCGCCGGCUCCACCAGGCCGGCCUUGUCCUCCUCGUCGUCGGCCAGGAGCCAUCACCAUCAUCACCAUCACCAUCACCAUCACUCCGCGGCUGCCGUUCCUGAUACGACACCGGCCCAGCGUCACGCCAGCAACGUCGCCGUCGCCGACAAUGCAACGCCAGGAUCCAUCAUUAGCGCCAGUGGUGUCCAUCACCUGCUGCUCAAGCAGGAGGUGGUCGACAUGGAUAACCCCAGCAAGCAGCCCGCGCAGGACGCUGCAGCUGACCAUGACUGCUUGGGCAUGUUUGCGGAUAUGGACGGCGCCCUCGACGUCCUGUGCGCCUCCGACUUCCACCCAAAAAAGCAGCAACAGCAGGCCACUGCUCAGCACUUGCAGAAGCUGCCGGAGGAAGAAGACAAGCAGUUGUUGCUGCUGGGUCCGGAUCCCUUCAGCUUCAACUUCUUGGACUGGGUUGGCGCUUCAUUUGGAGUUGGAGAGACAGCAGCAGAUAACGGUGAUCACAGUUAG